AUGCGUACCCCCAAAGCUUCCUCGCCAGUGCCCAAGUGGGAAAUGUCACCAUCUCCUGAUGGGUCACGCAUCAAGGUACCCAUCUCGCUUGAGAUGCCCGUCUCAAGUUCAUCAGCCCAAAAUGACCGCUCCCUUGACGCCCUCACCGCGGAUAUGAAGAGCUUGAUGAAAAAGAUUCAAGAUCUGAGCCACCUUGGCAUCGAGGAUAAAAAGAUCCAUCUGCCAAAAAUCUGCGUCGUUGGCGAUCAAAGCACCGGAAAAAGCUCUCUCAUCGAGGCUAUCUCCGAAAUCCAGGUUCCUAGAAAUGAAGGCACUUGUACAAGAUGUCCCUUGGAGAUCAACUUGUCCCAGAGCGACGGGUCAUGGAGGUGUGUCGUCUAUCUGUGCUACCGAUAUGCACACGAUCCCCCGAGCCUGAAGGGCCCAAAAAGGGGUCCGAAGAAGAAGAAUCCAAUGGGCGAGUGGAUUGCAAUGGAUGGACUAGACAAUGUCAGAUUCGCAGAGCUUACAGACCGAGCCGAGGUCACCAAAGCAAUCUGGUGUGCCCAGCUAGCUAUCUUGAACCCCAACUCUAACUGCGCCGACUUCAAUUAUCAGAACCCUGAUCUCUCUCGUGGAUUACAGGUCAAGUUUUCGCCGAACGCAGUCCGCCUGGAUAUCUCUGGCCCUAGCUACCCCAACCUUUCCUUUUACGACUUGCCCGGAGUGAUCAGUCAGGCCGAACAGGAUGAUGAAAGCUUCUUGGUCGAUCUGGUUGAGAACCUCGUGAAGAGCUAUGUUGAGCAAGAGAACUCAAUUGUCCUUUUAACAUUGCCUAUGACGGAUGACGCCACCAACUCUAGCGCUGCCCGGCUUGUCCGUGGUAUUGUCGGUGCGAAAGAGCGGACACUUGGUGUUUUGACCAAGCCUGAUCGCUGGCCGGUGCAACACUCUCUCGGCGAAUGGGAGCAGAUUUUGAAGGGGGAAAAGUUUCGCCUUGGCCAUGGGUAUUAUGUUGUCCGCAAUAACUCGGAUCCCGGUGUUAGUCACGACCAAGCACGGAGCGAAGAAGCCGAGUUCUUUGCAAGUGGUCCGUGGCAGAAGAAUCUCAACGCCCUUGAAGGACGCUUUGGGGUCAAAAACCUCGUGACAGCCCUCUCGGAUCUCCUCAAGCGUCAGAUUAUCGGCUCUCUGCCUGAGAUUGCCAACAAAAUCGAUGGAAAGUUGAAGAAGAUCGACGAAGAGUUGAAUGAAUUGCCUGACUUACCCACCGAGGAUGUCCAAAGGACUAUUUGGGGGAAAGUGACUGAUCUGGAGCGGCGGAUUCAUGAAGUAUUCGAUGAAACGACGCCUCCUUCCUUUCAGGCUCGCGAUCCAGGGAACCAAUCACUCCAGGAACAGUGGAACAGUCUUGUACAAGACUUCAAGAUUGUGCUGCAAAAGACACGCCCGAUUCUGGACCUUUCUGGACUGAAGGAUAGAGAUGAUCCAAGCGAACGCAUCGACGCGGACUGUGAGAUGCUGAUCAUCGAAAACAAAUCCUCGCCACCAAAAAAGCGCAAGGCAAAUGCAGAUCCCCAGCAAGUAACUGUCGAGCCGCGUGCCGCAAGCCCGAAGCAAAGCCCCUACAAGACAAGCUACUUUGAGAAUUUCAAUAAGCCUGCCCAUUGCAACCUGGACGUGCUCGAAAAAUUGAAGAACAAGUCCCACACUGUUGGCGUCCCCAACCAACUUGACCCACGAGCGAUUGAGACCCUUUACAAAAAAAUGGUUGAGCAUUGGAAAAUUCUAAUCGAGGCCUUUAUUCAAGCAGCGCAUGGUACUGUGCAGGAUGCUUUGACUUUGGCAUUCGAGAAUGAACUUUCACAAUAUCACCAGACUCGGCUCUAUCAAGAGCUAAACAAAAUCCUUAGCACUUACAUGCAAAGUGUUCGCAUAAAUCAUCUUGCAGUUGCCAGAGAUCAGUGUCAUUCUGAAUGCGAAGUUCCCUUCACCAUGGCUCAAGAGUACCACCGUACUAUCAUGGGGCAAUCGCUAAGCGAACUUCGAGCCCUCCGGGCCUUUUCACGGGCCAGUGCUUAUCUUCGCGUGCGUGGACACGAUAUGAGUGACGAAAGGACAAAAGAAAAGAUCCGAAAGAUUGCCGGCAACAUUCAAGCCGGCACCAACACUGCGCUUGGCGAGGACAAGUACUCGGAUGAGAUUGAAAUGAUGGCGAAUGCGCGGGCAUACUAUGAGAUUGCCUCCUCCCGAUUCCUGGACACACUGUGCCAGUCGACGACCAUGAAAUUGUUCAAGACUUGCCGCAUCGGUCUUAUUGAGGCCAUCCAAGAUGAAUUACGCAUCUUCGGAGAGAACGGCCGGGCUCGUUGCCUGGAGCUUAUGGCUGAGGACCCGAAGCGCCAGCAGCGCCGGGCGUUCUUGCAAAAGGAACGCGAGAAGCUUGUGAUUGCUCAAAAUGAAUUGAAUUCCCUUCACAGCAUAGAUACGGUGAUGGCUGAGUCUGACGACUCCUCGUUGACUGUCCGUUGA